CUUCCGGCUUUCUGAUGGAAAUGACUGCGCAGCGGUUGUUGCGAUAAAGAAGCGUUGCAAACGCUUAGCAUGUAGAGCCAUUCCUUUUACUUGGUUAAUAUUAAAUAUAUUAAUAUUUAUCCCCCGCCAACAAACUUGGGUGGAAUGUUUGGCUGAGGCAGAGGAAUUCAUCCCAAAUCAUGGAAUCUCCAGGGCGCCUGCCUAUCGGGGUCACCAGGAUCCUCACGGACACAGAUUGGUCUGAACCAUGGAUUUUAACCCUAGUGUUUUUCCACAUAGUCUGCUUAUUGUUUACUUACCUUUCAUUCCAGCACUACCGUUUCCAAAUAGGACUUUUUCUGUCUAUCAUGAUCCUGGUAUUCUGUGCAGAAUACAUAAAUGAAGUAGCUGCUGCAAACUGGAGAUUCUUCUCAAAGCACCAGUACUUUGAUUCCCAAGGAAUGUUUAUUUCAUUAGUGUUCUCAACACCACUACUGCUAAAUGCCAUCCUCAUAGUGAUUGCUUGGGUUUAUAAAACAGUGAACGUAAUGACAGAACUAAAGAAAAUACAGCAGAAAAGAAAAGCAAGCAGAGAAAAUAAGAAAAGUCAAUAAACAAGUAUAUCUUUUGUAACUGGUUAUGUUACCAAAUAUUCUAUCACCCAUAAUAACUUGUGGUUGGAAGUUAGAGAUUUCUUACAUUCCUUUAUAAAUGAUCUUAUGUUCUUAUUGUUCUAUGAAAAAAAUCAUUUUCAUUUUGACCCCACUGUUAGAACAAUUCUUACAUGGCAUUUCACUAUAUAGACUAAUUCAUUCUGAACCAGUCAUAAGGCAUUUCAUAAGAUUAUUAGAGUUUCUCUAAUGUACUGUUUUAUUAUAGCUUAACGCAUGAAUUGUUCAAGGUUUUAUGAUAUAUGUUGUGCAUCAAAUAUGCCAAAAUGAACAAGUAAAUUUUAAUAAGUACCAGUUAGCGAUAUAAUUGCCAUCCAUUAUUAAUUUCCAUUUAGCAAUUAUCAUAGCAAUAUAACAGAGUUUAUACAAUAUUUUCAUGAUACAAAAGUAAUUGUUGGAACAAACUUCAGUAAAACAAAAAUGAUAAAAUGUUGCAUUGUGACAUGGUACAAGCCGUCAGCUUUCUGUACAUAUCAACAUCAGAGGCAAGUAUAUAAAUCAUACAGUUUGUGUUGCAAUGCAUAUUUUGUCAUUCCCUCCAAUUUGUGAAUGCCUAUGCUAAGUUUGCUUGGUUGUAAAUUCUUGGAUUUUGUGGGCAUUGUAUUCAAAUUUGUAUAUGAGAAGUGUAAUUUAAUAGUGUGGGUUGCUGUAUUUGUCAUAUGGACUUGUUCCUGGUUUUUAAUUAAAUGUUUAAGGGUU